AUGGCGACCAGUUCUUCUGGAAACCAAACAAGAUCUCAUGAAGAGCACAUUCCAAUGUGUAAAAAACAUGAUUUAACAAUAGACAUGAUAUGCGAGGAUUGUGGAAAGCUUAUUUGUUCCAAGUGUGUCAAAUUGGACCAUAUGGAUCAUAAGUGGGAUACAAUAGCCAUAUCAGCCAGUCUAAGAAGACGGGAGCUUAAAGAGUAUCUGUUGAAAAUCACAAAGGAGAUUAUAGGGCAAUUAGACAACAAAAUAGAGGCAACAGCUAAACAUAUGGAGGACAACAAAGCAUUUUAUAAGAAUGAGGUUUUAAAGCUUCAAAAUCAUUAUGAUGCCAUUGUGAAAGAAGUAAAUGAAAUCAAAGAAGAGAAAGAAAAUUCAUUAAAAGACAGCCUGGACGAAAAAAAAUCACAAUUGUGCAAGAACAAAUCAGACUUAGAAAAUAAAAAGAAAGAAGCGAUGGACCUUGUUGGAAUUGUUGAAGAAAAGAACAGAGCCAUGUCAGACUAUAUUUUGAUUCACAACCUCCGAUGGAUCGAGAACCUCAUGUCCAACACAGGCAACGAUGAACAGAAGGUUGACUAUUCUAUAAGAUAUAUAAAAGAUCCAAAAUCCUCCACCCCGGGGGUAGAGGCGGGCUGUGAGAUGAUUUUGUUUCCCAAGGUUCUCAAUCCCCCUGACCAUCUCCCUCUAAAGAACAUGUAA